GGAUGGGGCACUGGGUAAAGAUCUAGAGCCAACCCCGGGAUAGUCAGAGCACAUCCGGUGGUGGGAGAGCUGGGUAGGCUCCUGAGGAGUGUUAAGAAGAUAGAGAGGAGACUGUGUCACACUGACUCUGGAACCAUGAACGUAUUUGAUCGGAAGAUCAACUUCGAUGCACUCUUAAAAUUCUCCCACAUAACUCCCUCAACACAGCAGCACCUGAAGAAGGUCUAUGCCAGUUUUGCCCUCUGUAUGUUUGUGGCGGCUGCGGGGGCCUAUGUUCAUGUGGUCACUCAUUUCAUCCAGGCUGGCCUGCUCUCUGCCUUGGGCUCCCUGGGGUUGAUGAUUUGGCUGAUGGCAACACCUCAUAGCCAUGAAACUGAGCAGAAGAGACUGGGACUUCUUGCUGGAUUUGCUUUCCUUACAGGAGUUGGCCUGGGCCCUGCUCUGGAGUUGUGCAUUGCUAUUAAUCCCAGCAUCCUUCCUACUGCCUUCAUGGGCACCGCCAUGAUCUUCACCUGCUUCACCCUGAGUGCUCUCUAUGCAAGGCGCCGGAGCUACCUCUUUCUGGGAGGUAUUUUGAUGUCAGCCAUGAGCCUGAUGGUUUUGUCUUCCCUGGGGAACCUUUUCUUUGGAUCUAUUUGGCUUUUCCAGGCAAACCUGUAUAUGGGACUGGUCGUCAUGUGUGGCUUUGUCCUUUUUGAUACUCAACUCAUUAUUGAAAAGGCUGAAAAUGGAGAUAAGGAUUACAUCUGGCACUGCGUUGAUCUCUUCUUAGAUUUUGUUACUCUCUUCCGAAAACUCAUGAUGAUCUUGGCUAUGAAUGAGAAGGACAAGAAGAAAGAGAAGAAGUGAGAUGACAAUCCAGCCUCUCCCAGUUUGACCUCCUCUCCCUCUCCCCCUCAUUUCCUCUUUGCACACAUCACAGGUGGCGUGUUCUAUGAUAAUGAAAAGCAUCAGAAAAGCUUUUGUACUUUGUGGUUUUCUCUAUUUUGAGGUUUUUGUUUUUGUUUUUUUUUUUUGACCAAAAAAAAAAAAAAACUGAUUAGCAGAAUAUAGUUUGGAGUUUGGCUUCCUAUUCCUGGGGUUCUUCCUUAUUCCCUUUUUUGUCAGCCCAUCAGUAGCCUCUUGCUCUGCCCAGGCAGCCAGGCCACCAAAAUGAGGACUUGGGGUCAGCCAAGAGAACAAACUGCAGGAAGUCUGCCGUCUCACUGAGGCUCAGCAAGUGGACCAGGACUGGUUGAUAGAGAUGCCUCAGCCCAUCCGUCUUCAGCAUUGCUUGUUCUGUGCACAGUUCCUGUGGGACUGGGCAGUUUGUUUUCCAUUGUGAAGAAGGUUGCUAGUCCUGUGACUAACUCAGAUUCAUCAGAUCUGAUCUGUCAACCCUACAAAGAAAGCAGAAAGUCUGAUUGGGUGCUUUGUGUCCUCUGUGCUGUCUGAGCUGGUCUGGCAAGCACCUCUGCCUUGUGAUCAUGAAGGGAAUGUAGACUUGGGUGUAUUCCCUUUCCCACCCCUGCCUGGCCCUCAGGGACUCCGUCAGCUUUCCAUCCAUGGGGUGGGAGGACUUGAGCACAAAGAUGAAUCCUUGUGAGGCAUUUAGGAAAAGGCUGAGCAUGAAUGGCAAGGUACGCGUAGCCCAGAAUUCUCCCAAGUUUUCCUUGGUAUUUGUAUUGUUUUUUAAAUUGGCUUUGAAAAUUGGUUAUUAUCUUCAUUACUGCAUGACCUCUAUCAGGUAGCUAUGAUUAAAGGCCCCAAAGAGGAAGGCUAGGGAAGGGGAGCAGUUGAACCUCUAGGGUUCAUUGUAAUGAAUCCUGCCAGAUGAGCCUAGGCAAGGACUGCUUGGUAUAGUGGGGGACAAAUCUCCACCAACCCCAGGGGUUCCUUGUAGGAUUGGUAAGCGGGCCCCUGGUGACUUGGAAGACAACCAUCGUAGCCCUUCAGUGUAUUUUUGUCUAACUCCACCUGGACACUAUUAGAGAGUUGUCAGGCCAGAGACUUGGGGCAGUAGAUAAAUGGUCAUUUUACAGAUGCACUUUAGUCUUUGUUCUUGUGGUCUUCAGGGCAGAAGCCAGGUGGCCAGUGCUGCAAAGAUGCAGCUCUUGUUGCAAACAUGGGUGGGAGUCCUAAUAGCCAUCACUAGGUCCUCCUUGUGGGCUGCCAGAGUUGGGUGGCACAGAAGGGCAGCAUCAGGCACAGUCAUGGCCCUGGCUGUAUGGUUUCGGUGCCAGGUGACUGUGCCGUGGAAAGCUCAUCAUUAGUAGGACACUAUUUGGGGCUGUGCUGGUUUACAGUGCUCCAUGUCACGAUGCCAUCUCACGAAACUUCUGGAGUGACAGGCCACUCAUAAUGGCUUGCUUUUACUGAGGAUGCUGCCCUUUGAUUUAGCUGCUGCCUCCGGCCUCUUGCUUGAGAACUUACAAAAGGGACUUCCUUCCUGUAAAAAGCCCUCAUCAGCAACUCUCCAUAAAAAUGGCGAUUCUCAGACCUGUUGAAGCCAAACUCCACCUCUUGUGCUUUUUUGCUUGGGAUAAAGGAGUUUUUCUUUAGAAACAGUGCCAAGAAUGACAAGAAUAUUAAAAAAAAAAUAAUUACUUUUAAAGAAAAUGCCUAACAGGUUUUUAAUACAAUUAUCUGUAAUUUCCAGUUUCUUUUCUAGUUCUUGGUUUUUCGGCUCAGGCUGCAUUCUCUUAACUCAUACUGUGAAGACAAAGGUGUUUUUGAUUCAAAAAUAUAUAUCUACAUAGUCUUAAUUUGUAAAAAAUAAAGAAAAUUCCUUAACCUC